AUUGAUUGGUCUAUUCUUUUCAUCCUUUUCCUUCACAACUUCAGGUGUGACGCGCUAGCUGUAAACAAACUCGAGUCAAGAUUAAAGGUCUCAUUUAUGUUAUUGCACAGAUGUACAAUGAAAUUGAUUUUACGCUCAUUAAAAACAACUCACGUAAGGAGGCAGUAAAAUAAAAAAAAGGCUAAAACAGACGUCACGCGCACCGACUGGGUCAUUGGUUUACUGAGCUGCUUUGCUUUCGAGCUUCAUGGCGGACUUUGGAGUUUGAUAUGAUACAAAAAACAAAACCUCACGUGGACGGAGAGUUUCGUGUCGUAAAGUGAACGUUUACGCUUGUCACUUGUCACCAGGCAUGCUGGGACUUUUCCAGGGAGCCUCCAGGCUGAGAGCAGCUCUGAGACUCCUGUCCUAUACAGCACCGUUUCCCCCCACAGACCUCCAGAGACUGUGUCCCAUCCAGACUUCUGCCCGGUUUAUGUCCUUAUCUCGGAGGUUGCAUCAUGUAGGAGAAGAUGGGUCCAGGUCUUCUCCUGCUUCAGCCCCAGACAGGCUGCCUUUCUCCAGAGUAUCUGUGGAAGAUCUGGCCUUUUUCAGUCAGAUUCUCCCCGGAAGAGCCAUAACUGACCCUGACCUGGUGGAGUCCAGUAAUGUGGACUGGCUGAAGUCUGUGAGAGGGUCGAGUGAAUUGUUGCUGAGACCUCAGACAACAGAGGAAGUGUCACAAAUUCUUAGAUACUGUAGCUCCCACAACCUGGCAGUGAACCCUCAAGGAGGUAACACGGGUCUUGUUGGUGGCAGUGUGCCUGUUUAUGAUGAGAUCAUCCUCUCCACCUCUCUAAUGAACAACAUACAUUCCUUUGAUCACAUCUCUGGUAUUCUUACAUGUCAGGCAGGGUGUGUUUUGGAGAACUUGUCCCUCUUCCUGGAAGAGAGGGACUACAUCAUGCCCCUGGACCUCGGGGCUAAAGGUAGCUGCCAGAUCGGAGGUAAUGUGGCGACAAAUGCAGGCGGGCUGCGCCUGCUGCGGUAUGGCUCCUUACAUGGAACGGUGCUGGGUCUUGAAGUGGUGUUGGCAGACGGACGCGUGCUGGACUGCUUGUCCACGCUGCGAAAAGACAACACAGGAUAUGAUCUCAAACAGCUCUUCAUCGGCUCUGAGGGCACUUUGGGGGUCAUCACUGCAGUCUCCAUCCUUUGUCCCCGAAAGCCCAAGUCUGUUAACGUGCUCUUCUUAGGAUGUGAAACCUUUGAGCAACUGCUGAAGGCCUUCCAGCUCUGCAGAGGCAUGCUGGGAGAAAUUCUCUCAGCUUUUGAGUUCUUGGAUAGUGAAUGCAUGAAGCUGCUGAACACACACCUCAAACUGUCCAAUCCCAUCUCUGAUUGCUCGUUUUACAUCGUCAUAGAAACAUCUGGGUCUGAUCCGAGUCACGACGCGCAGAAGCUCCACAACUUUCUCGAGGAAGCGAUGAAGUCGUUAUUAGUUACUGAUGGAACUGUAGCGACCGAGGAAUCAAAAAUUAAGGCCCUGUGGUCGAUGCGUGAGCGUGUCACCGAAGCGCUGACUCAUGACGGCUUCAACUACAAGUACGACAUUUCCCUUCCAGUGGAGCGGAUCUACCAGCUGGUGACCGACAUGAGGCAGCACCUAGGAAGCAGGGCCAAGCGUGUGGUGGGAUACGGCCAUGUUGGCGACGGAAACCUCCACCUGAACGUGACUUCUCCUGUGAAGGACCCUGUUCUCCUGGCGGCCAUCGAGCCAUUCGUGUACGAAUGGGCGGCCAGAUAUCAUGGCAGCAUCAGUGCAGAACACGGACUGGGUCUGAAAAAGAGGAACUACAUCUACUACAGUAAGCCGAGGCCAGCUGUGGCUCUGAUGGGGAACAUCAAGGCCAUGCUGGACCCUAAAGGCAUCCUCAACCCUUACAAGACUCUACCAGACCAGCUGAAACAACACUGAGGUCACCGUCUAAGCUGGGCUGUAGAUAGGAGGAAAGAAAAGUACAGUUGGGAAAAAGUCCAGUAAAUGUUUUAUUACAUAUAAAAACACAAAGCAACAUGUUUUCCCUCUUGAAACAAAACCAGCACUUGUGAACUAAUUUCUUUGUAAACCGAGGCAACUGCUUAUUUAAAAAAGUCUUGGAUUAAACCGUUUCCAGUAAA